CAUUAUUUCGCCGUCGUGACCUAAGGGUAAUUUAAAUAUUAGGUCAGAAUAGACAAUAUUUUGACUAGCUGGGUUAUAUCUCUUCUCGCGAAGUUAGAGAGAUUUGAAGGACUUGAAAUAAAUGUAUCCAGAAUUAAAGUGAUAUCCUUUGUGACCAAAAUGAAACGUAAAGGUUCUUUCCGCCGGCGCAGUUCUAUACGCAAGAAGCGGGGGAAAAGUCAAACGACUCUACAACCCACCACCUAUGAAAACACGCCGAUUGGACAUACUAGUAAUAAUGUCCAAACAAAAUUCAAUUUGUUUAUAUCCAAAUUAUGUUUAAGCGAAGAAACAAGAAACUUUUUUUUCUUCAAUGCUUAUAAAACCAAGAUGAGUCAAGUGCUGAGUGCAGCUCCAGAUAUCCCACUUUAUAAAGAUGAAGAACUACCACCACACCUUCGGGAAGUUGCUAUUUUAACAGGUUAUCGUUCCCCUUCUAGUUCUAUGAAAGAAUGUGCUCUCAGUGUUUUCUUUGCUACAAAUGAAACUUUAAACUUUUGGACUCAUUUUAUUCCUACCUUUUAUUUUGUAUAUCAAUUAGUACUGUUUUGGGAUUCUUUAAAAGUAAUUAAUGAUUCCUUUUAUUGGCCUUUAAUUGUGUACAUGUUCACAAUAUGUCUUUAUCCUCUGAUAAGUUCUUUAGCUCACACUUUUUGCAGCAUAUCUGAUAUGGCUCGCCAUGUUUGGUUCUUUUUGGACUAUGGUGGGCUUAGUUUAUAUGCUUUUGGUGCUGGGCUACUAAUUAAAGCUUAUUCCUUUCCUGAAGAACUUGCACAAACUUUUAUGGGAGAAUAUUUUUUGGAAAUAUUAGUUUUUCUGUCAAUUGGCUGUAACAUAUCAGCAUGUUACUCGCGUUUCAUAGAGAAUUUAUUUUGGAUCAAAGUUUUUCGUCUGGGGGCAUUUGCUGUGCCCUGGGCAUGGGACAGCAUUCCAGUUCUUUUCAGAGUUACUUUUAGUAAAGAUGUGCAACCACCUGUAGCUGAACAUUAUAUUCUACAGUUUUUCUUCUCAUUUUGCAUUUUCUUUUUUUAUGCGACUCAUUUACCAGAAAGGCUUGCCCCUGGUAGAUUUGACUUUUUUGGCAACAGCCAUCAAUUAUUACAUAUUUCAGGUAUCAUGGCAACACACCAUCAAAUGAGUGCUGUUGUAAUUGAUAUGGAAGACAGACGUCAAAAAUUGGAAGAAAAAUACCCAAUCCCAGAGUAUUGGUCUGUUCACGUGUUUGCUUUAGUAUUGUUUACUAUUGUUUCUACAAUAGCAGUUUUUAUACUUUGGGCCAGACAUUAUGAGAAAAGUCGUAUGGAAAAAAGACAGAAAUGAAAGUUUGCAAAAUGUUUUAUAUUAGCUGUAUUCAUUUUUUACUGUUUAUAUGUAAUUGUGUACAUAUUGAGUAUGAUGUUUUGAAAUCAUACAUUGUUUGUUGCUGUAAACAAAAUUGUUAAUUUUUAAGAUGGCCUUGUUCUGUACUUUUUUAUUGUUGAUGUUUUUACUAUGUAUUUGUUAAAUGUUUAUUUUAUAUAAUGUUGCAUGUUUUCAUAGUUCAUGAAGCAGCUCAAUAGAAUAGUAUAUAUAAUUUAAUGGCUUGAAUGUGCAAAUAUUGAUUAUUUUUUAAUCAAGUAUUUCCUUUGAUAAAUUAAUUUUAAAGAAAAAAUGUUUAAUGUUUUUUAAAAACUAGAUGAGCCAAAAAAAAAAAAAAUAAUGUUAUUUAUGAAAUACUAAAAGCAUAUAAUACAUUAAUUUAUAAAAAUAUUUUGCUAUACUUAUAUUAGUUGAAUAAUUUUAGCAUUUAUGAGAAAUGCAUUGAUAAAUUUUAUAAAUAUAAAUAUUUUUAUUUAAGCAAGUUUAUUAAAAUACUUAUAUAUAUUUGUAAGUUCAUCAGCUUUCCAUAGAAAAUGAAUUGCGCACAAAAUUAAGCAGUUGAUUACUUGUUAAAAUAUUUUAAUGAAUUUUUAUCAAUAAAUUAUAUGUUUUAUUUAAAAAGGGCUAAUAAUUAGCAUUAUUGCAGCUCUAACCAAUAACUGUCAUUAUGUACAUUAUGUUUAUUAUUAUUACUCAAGUUAAAUUUUAUAGUUAUGUUUUCCUCAAUUUUGUAUUGAAAUUUAUAUAUAAAAAAGCAUAAUUAAAAUUAUAUUAUAAAUAUGUGUUUAAUCUUCCCAGCUUAAGAGAUUUUAUACCGGUGCUUUUUUCUUCUAAUAAGUCAUUAUUGUUUUUUGUAAAUAACUGUUUUAUAUUGUUCUAAGCAGUACAAAUUUAUCUGUGAUUAUAGAUUCUAUAAUAAUACAUGUGUUAAUAGCUAAGUAGUUUUAUGAGCUAUAAAAUAAUGAAAAUAUAAAUUUUAAUAAUAUUUUAUAAGAAGUUGUGUUUUCUAAAUCAUUUUAGGCUGUGAUAGCUGUAUGUGAAUAGUUAUAAUAACUGUUUAAGUGGGGGGAAAAAUACUCUGCAUCAGCAAUAUUCUUUUUUUAUAUGAAUUUAACUUGAUUUCAAUAUGAAUAUGCUGCCAUAUUAAGUGUUGAGUAAUGUAUUUUCUACAUGAAGUUUAGAAACUCUGUAGAGCAUUAAUUUAGUACUUUCUGAAUAAUUAUUUUAUUCUACAAUAUUUUGGUAAAAAUAUUAAUUGGAACACAAUAAAUUCUUCUGGUUGAAAUUGAAGGUAAUAUGCAAUGUUUAGAAAACUUGUUGACUUUUGUGUUGCAAUUAAUGGUUUGUCUUAUAAGUAUUAGUAUUUGUGAAUAUUUUAAACAUAAUUAAAAAUAUCCAUUAAUUUAAAAAAUUAAAAAUAGUCAAAGUAUAAAUUGAAAUUUUUAUGGGACAGAAACUUAAUAAAUUUGUCAGUAGAACAUUUGUAAUUCAUCUUGCAAUUUCAUAUCUAUUUGAGAUUAUAUAUAUAUUGAUUUAAUUUGUUUCUAUUAAACUUUAUACUGCAGAAAUGGACAGUAAUACAGCACAAACAUGAUUGUAAUUGCUUUUUACCAUUCUAUUUAAUACUUGAAAUUAUAAAACAAAUAUUAAGAUUUUUAAUAACUAUUGAAUGAUGUCACUUUUAUAUAUGUAACUAUUAAUGUAUUUGCUUGUCAUCAUAAGUGACUGUAUACCUUUACAGUAUUGUGCUAACUACCUCACACUAAAAUACAUUAUCCUCUGCAUAUUAUUGUACUCAAAUCUAAUAUGAAAUUACAUAAUUAAUGUAUUAAAUGUUUGAAUGACUGUUAUAUGUUUUUAUUCAUGCAAAUAAACAUGUACUAAUGCAUAAGAUGCUUAUAUUAUGUAGAAUAAAUCUGGUUCACAGAUUUCUCUCCCCCCCCCCCUCUUUACAUGCACUUCAAUUUGAUGUUUUUUUAAAAAAAUUGCAAAAUAAUUCAAUGGUUUGUCUCCGAAAUUUGUAAAAUUGUAUUUCAAUUAAUUAAGUCUAUUAAAAAUAGGAGCAAAAACAGCAACACUGCUCGGAUAAAAUAAUUUGUAUGCACUACAAUUGUAAUUUUCUGUAAUAAAAACUCAUUAGUCACUCUUUAGUAGAUGUAAUAACUAUAUAAUUUUAUUUUCUCCAGAAUUUUAAGCCAUUAGUUUGUCUGAUAGGCACUGCAAUUCUUAAAUCAAAGGCAGGUAUAAUAUUUAUAAAAAUCAUCUUAUAUAGGAAAAGUGCAAAAACCUGACAUUUUAAAUUCUUUCAGAGGAAUCAAUAAUAAUAUUUAUUAGCUGCAUUGAAGGGAACUGAUUAUUAUAGAUUUUUUUCCUUUCUUUUCCUGCACCACACAUAAAUACAAAGUUGCUUUUCUGCACAGGUGUUAAAAUACUACUCUCAGGACUAUAAUGCAAAGCUGUAUUGAAUUUUUUACGUAGCAAUCUUGUUUCAAGAUAAUUCACCUCCUUCCUCCAUACACAGAAAAUUUUCUGCUGUUUUCAGGAAAAGCAUAACAGGA